AUGCGAAUUUGGAGCAAGUUCGCUCUUCACGUUGCCCCCAUCUGUGGCCACGGGGCGCAAUCAGACACGGUGGGAGUGAAGGCCUUGAGUGAGCGAGGGGCGUUAAGAGCCACGCCUCUCAAGGUACUGAGGGUCGAGGUGUUAGAGAUCUGGUCACCGUCAAGGGCGCCCUUGUUGCAGUGUGAUCCACACGCUUGCAAUCAGGACCGUAUUAGUAAGAAUCAGACACGUAUUAGUAAGAAUCAGACACGUAUUAGUAAGAAUCAGACACGUAUUAGUAAGAAUCAGACACGUAUUAGUAAGAAUCAGACACGUAUUAGUAAGAAUCAGACACGUAUUAGUAAGAAUCAGACACGUAUUAGUAAGAAUCAGACACGUAUUAGUAAGAAUCAGACACGUAUUAGUAAGAAUCAGACACGUAUUGGUAAGAAUCAGACACGUAUUAGUAAAUAUCAGACACGUAUUAGUAAGAAUCAGACACGUAUUAGUAAGAAUCAGACACGUAUUAGUAAGAAUCAGACACGUAUUAGUAAGAAUCAGACACGUAUUAGUAAAUAUCAGACACGUAUUAGUAAGAAUCAGACACGUAUUGGUAAGAAUCAGACACGUAUUAGUAAGAAUAAGACACGUAUUAGUAAGAAUCAGACAAGUAUUAGUAAAUAUCAGACACGUAUUAGUAAGAAUCAGACACGUAUUAGUAAGAAUCAGACACGUAUUAGUAAGAAUCAGACACGUAUUAGUAAAUAUCAGACACGUAUUAGUAAGAAUCAGACACGUAUUAGUAAGAAUCAGACACGUAUUAGUAAGAAUCAGACACGUAUUAGUAAGAAUCAGACACGUAUUAGUAAGAAUCAGACACGUAUUAGUAAGAAUCAGACACGUAUUAGUAAGAAUCAGACACGUAUUAGUAAGAAUCAGACACGUAUUAGUAAGAAUCUGACACGUAUUAGUAAGAAUCAGACACGUAUUAGUAAGAAUCAGACACGUAUUAGUAAGAAUCAGACACGUAUUAGUAAAUAUCAGACACGUAUUAGUAAGAAUCAGACACGUAUUAGUAAGAAUCAGACAAGUAUUAGUAAAUAUCAGACACGUAUUAGUAAGAAUCAGACACGUAUUAGUAAGAAUCAGACACGUAUUAGUAAGAAUCAGACACGUAUUAGUAAGAAUCAGACACGUAUUAGUAAGAAUCAGACACGUAUUAGUAAGAAUCAGACACGUAUUAGUAAGAAUCAGACACGUAUUAGUAAGAAUCAGACACGUAUUAGUAAGAAUCAGACACGUAUUAGUAAGAAUCAGACACGUAUUAGUAAAUAUCAGACACGUAUUAGUAAGAAUCAGACACGUAUUAGUAAAUAUCAGACAAGUAUUAGUAAGAAUCAGACACGUAUUAGUAAGAAUCAGACAAGUAUUAGUAAAUAUCAGACACGUAUUAGUAAGAAUCAGACACGUAUUAGUAAGAAUCAGACACGUAUUAGUAAGAAUCAGACACGUAUUAGUAAGAAUCAGACACAUAUUAGUAAGAAUCAGACACGUAUUAGUAAGAAUCAGACACGUAUUAGUAAGAAUCAGACACGUAUUAGUAAGAAUCAGACACGUAUUAGUAAGAAUCAGACACGUAUUAGUAAGAAUCAGACACGUAUUAGUAAGAAUCAGACACGUAUUAGUAAGAAUCAGACACGUAUUAGUAAGAAUCAGACACGUAUUAGUAAGAAUCAGACACGUAUUAGUAAGAAUCAGACACGUAUUAGUAAGAAUCAGACACGUAUUAGUAAGAAUAAGACACGUAUUAGUAAGAAUAAGACGCAUCUUGGUAACCAAUCAGAAGCGUGUUGA